UUCCUCCCAGGCAUUUGCUGUCAUUGUUAAGCUCUCUUUACGUGUUCGUCAAUGUCUGAAGAAGUUACUUAUGCGGACCUAAAAUUCCAGAACUUUCCUGCAACAGAAAACACCAAGCCACUUGGCCGAGUUGGGAAAAAAGCUCCCCCAGUCCUUUCCCGUGGAUGGCGUCAAGCUGCCUUGAUUCUGGUGCUCCUGUGUGUUCUGCUGCUCUUCGGACUGCUGAUCUUAGCAACCGUGUUUCACUCAACCUUGAAAGCAGAAAAGGGAAGACUGAAUGAACUACAAAACAUCCAAGAAGAACUUCAGAAAAAUCUUUCCUUGCAACUGGUGAAUAGCUGGAACUCCUCGGAGCAGAUCAGGAGGCUCUCUGCUAUGUUGCAAAAAACAGCCACCCAGUUAUGCCGUGAGCUUUACAGAAAAAACCCAGCGCACAAAUGUCAGCCUUGCCCACCGAGCUGGGUAUGGCAUACUGAUAACUGCUACCUCCUGAAUGACUAUCAGCUCACGUGGCAGCAGAGUGAGAUGGUCUGUUCUGCCCAGAACGCCAGCCUGUUGAAGAUGAGGAGCAGGAGUGAGUUGGAAUUUAUAAAAUCCAGGCCAUUAUAUAAUUAUUGGUUGGGAUUGUCUCCCAGAAAAUUUCAGAAAUCUGUGGAGAAAGUGGAUGAUACAGUAGCCUCUUCUGCCUGGGAUAUACGAAAUACUAGCAACUUAAAUAUGAUGUAUUGUGGAUUUAUCUAUAACACAUAUGUCUAUUACACUCAGUGUAGUGACAGGCAAAAGACGCUGUGUCAGAAGAUGGCCCAUCCCUCUCUGAACAUUGAAAGUGUACUAACCAAUGAUAUUCCUGGAGGAAGCAGUUAAUUCUAAAUUUACAAAAUGAAAACCCGUGCUACAGGUACUUUGAGGAAAUUUCUUUCUACGCUUCGUUACCUGUGAUACACUUGACCAAAGUCCACCUUACACCCAAAACUCUGGCACGACAACAGCGCACCAAGAGACACCACCUCCUGGAAGACUGUCAGGGUUAGCGCACCUCGCCGCAUGGGGCAGGAACAAAGCAUGCGCUCUUCAACCCAGUGUGUCCCACCCUGAGGCUGCAGCGUGGCACGCGGGGCGCCAGAUAACAGGUGGGGGCCCCCCAAAUGCUCGAGAACUGAAGGAAAACUCUGGGUCAGUGAAGAGUGCUGGCCGUCUUACCCAAUCACACUGCUGUUCCCGAGGACUCAGAAGUGGACCGGGGGCCUUAAAGGGCCGACAAGCUACAAGGCUGCUUCCACGGAGAGCACACUCAUUGCUAGUAUGAACAGGGUCGAUCCACACAGCGGUCAUUUCACCACUUUUGCACUGAAGCCUGAAGCUAGGCAGUGUUGCCUAACUAAAACGCACAAUAUGAAACCCUGAAAUAAUUUGUUCAUUGUAAGAUGCUCAGCUUCUAAACAGACAAAAAAGUUUAGCGGCUUACGUUGGUUUGCUGUACCCCAAAGCUGCUUUUCAUUUGUUAGAGAUGAGAACUCGGGCCACUGCUUUCUGCAAAAGCCCAGUUUUGUUCUUCGCACACAAAAUCUCUACUGUCUUAGGCGCUUUGCUCACACCUUCAGCAAGUCUUACUGAAUUCCCAACCAUCCGCAGUUGCAGCCUAACAUUUUCCCUUAGUUGUAACCAUUUACAUACACACCUACGCGUACUCAUCUACCCACAUAUCCUAGGAGAAUCUUGUCUUUGAAACUGCUGUCUCAACAAUUGGAUGAAUUAAGUCGCACCUAAGCAGGGAUGGCCACGAACAGGUAGAGAAAUACAGAAGUGGUUUAGUGAAGAAAACACACCUGUCAUGGCAGUGAUCCAGACGAGGAUAAUAUAUACAGGGUUAAUUAAUUGAUGAAUACUUGGAUUUAUGAAGAAAUAAGCAGGCAGACACACUGAAUCAAAACCUAACAGUGGGAAGAAUUAUCAACAUCAAAGCCAUUCCCUAGACAGCAGUUUUUCUCAGAGACAGAAUCUGUUUGGAAACAAAGAAAGUGGUUCAGCUGAAAAUAACAAGACUUUUCCAUUUGGUAAGUGGUAAAACGAAAAUUACGGCUCCCAACACGUGCCAGUGCUGAUGACUAGGGAAUUAAAGAGGACCAGAAAUCUAUCCCUGUCGACCUCAUUUCUAGCCUCCAGCUGACAGCCCAGAAAACAGAGAAACGAUCCAUGAGGUGCAGACCUGUGGCUGUCCUCCACGGCCUGUUUUCCCUGUUGCUUUCUGCUUUUUCUCCCUGAAGCACAGACGCCAGGCUCCCUGCACCAGCUUUCAUUAUAUCUGUACGGAAGAAGCGAAGCCACACAGCCACAUGGAGACAGUUCUCUGAAGUAAAGAGCAGAUGGAGGUUGUGUGCCAUAGGGGAGCAUCCCGAGGACCCAUGCCUUGCGCAGAGGCGCACAGGACUGAGAGGCCCUGUAGACUUGUUCUUUGGAGGAAGUAGGUGCUGGACAAGACUUUGCAGGAGGCCGUGGAUUCCAACAGGGCCCGUUCCCCAAGCCUGCACACACCCAAGCUGAAUUCUGACUGUUCACAGAAGGUCCAGGCAACAGAUUAGCCCAAGGCCUUGGGACCCUGUAUCCGCGUGGGAGACCUGGAAGGGGCACCUGGUUCCUGGCUUCAGAUCAGCUCAGCUCCGCCGUUGCAGCUAUGUGGGGAGUGAACCAGUGGAUGGAAGAUUUUCCUGUCUCUCCUCCUCUUUGUAUAUCUGACUU